CGCGCGCUCUUGGGCGUUGGGCGGUUGAGCCUCAGUUCCCCCGGCGCGGGCAGAGGAGCCGGUAAGAAGCGGAGACCGGCCGCUGCGCUGACUCCUGCCUCUCCUCCCCGCAGCACACCGGAUCGUCCCUGGCCGCCGCGGUCUGCCUGGAACGAUGCCGCUGCCCGACACCAUGUUCUGCGCGCAGCAGAUCCACAUCCCCCCGGAGCUGCCCGACAUUCUGAAGCAGUUCACCAAGGCUGCCAUCCGCACGCAGCCGGUGGACGUGCUGCAGUGGUCGGCGGGGUAUUUUUCAGCCCUGUCCAGAGGAGACCCACUUCCUGUAAAGGACAGAAUUGAAAUGCCUGUGGCCACUCAGAAGACCGACACAGGCCUGACCCAGGGACUGCUGAAGGUCCUGCACAAGCAGUGUAGCCAUAAACAAUAUGUGGAAUUGCCAGACCUUGAGAAGAAGUGGAAAAACUUGUGUCUGCCAGUAGAAAAGUUCAGAGCUAUCCUGGAGCUGGAUCCAUGUGAAGAAAAAAUGGAGUGGAUAAAAUUUUUAGCUCUUGGAUGUAGCUCCCUGGGUGGGACACUGAAUACCGCCAUGAAGAACGUCUGUGAGAUCCUCACUGCUGACCCAGAGGGUGGGCCUGCUCGGAUUCCGUUUGAUACCUAUGCUUACAUCUACCAGUACUUGUCUGAACUGGACCCAGAACUCCCGGCCUCAGAGACGGAGACCUAUCUUGCCACUUUAAGAGAGAAGUUGUGUCCCCGAAUGGAAGCCUAGAGAGGCUAUACCAUGAAGCUAUGAAGUUGAAGCUUGGAUUACCUUGGAGAUUCCAAGAUGUUAGAGAUUCCAGAACUGUGGGAUACCUGCUGAAGAAAGCUGCUAACAGAGAAUGGAACCAGCAUACGAGAAAGAUGUGUGUUGCAGUCAACAAAGCUGAAGGGAAUUGGAGAUCUGGAGAGCCUUUUGACAUCAAAUAUGGAGAUGCAGAGUUUGGAGUUUGUCCAGAUGGUUUUCAGUC